AUGUCGUCCAAUAACAACCUCUACGACCCGGACCAAGAUGCUGUAAAUACGCGCUGGAUACAACCUUGGAGUGAAGCAUUUCGGGCGCAACGUGAUGUCGGGCUCCGCAUCCCCAUUGACUUCCAUACCUUGGCGGCAGUCUCUUUGACGCAAGCUUGCUUUGUUGACAACCAGUUUGAGCACAACGCAUUUCAGAAGUGCUUCUCCAAUCUCCUUGGAGUCGGAUUCCCUAGAUUCGAGGUGGACGUCUACUGGGAUGCAUUACGAUCAGUAUGGAGUCUGUGUCCGGUUGAGCUUCCGCUUAAUGAUACCGAAGUUCAAAGCGAUGCACCUGUAAUCUCUGGUCCGACUAUCUCCGUCUCUACAGGGACUGCGAAUGCUAGAGUACCAGAGACUACUGCGACGAUGCCAGCGCCACUGAAAGUUCGUCAGGGUGGUUCGGCAUCGAGUCAAUCUGAGUUAUCAUCUGUCACAGUGGAAAACCCGUUACCCUCAAGCUCGCCUGGUCCAACAAGUCCCUCCGCACAGCCGACUAUAAUCAGCUUUCCGACUGUGAAGGGUCCCCCAAUCUUGCAGAUUGGACGCUACAACUGCACCUCACAAAUGACUUUAGGUCUUUUGACUGGAUUGCUGGAAGACUUUCUCGACAAGACAUCCACAACGACCGGCGCCUUUGUCACGUUCCUCAAUCUCAACAUCCAUGCUGCAGCAACUCUCUCAAACCCGAAUGGCCCGGCACCGCAGCUCACUGAAGAUCAAGUACCAAAAUCCGGCGAUCUUUUGAGUGACAUCGUGAACGGUAACCUCUCGAGCGUCCUGUAUUCUCCAAAAACCCUAGCAGAGCAGCGUGCGAAUCUGAACAGUAGCUGGUAUGACGUGGAGUGGGAAAACCUUCCUGCACAGGGCUACUACGAAUCUUCUCAGAACUCAGCAGGCAACAUCUUCACCCAAAGUGGUUGGCCGACUGAGGUGUUGAUGGAGUUUCAGGACCUGAAGCGCCUCAUCACGAGUUAUGGCACAGUCGAUGACCAGAUGACGGCGUACGAUAUCAGCGGCGAUUUGGAAGACAUAUUUCCUCCCGGUACCAUUACCAAUCAGCGACCGGUCUUGUUCGAUACUACUGGACAAAUUAGUUCUGGAUGCUACUUCCCGUCUGUCGAAAACACGAUUACUUUACAGACAAACUCGUCGUUCGCUCGUGCGUUGCCACCAACAGUGAACAUCGAUACCAACCCCGACCUCAUGAGUCCAAUCUCAUCUGUGUCUAACUUGACCCGUUGCGGUAUUAUUCCUUUCUUAAACCAGUCACUCGCAAGCACCACAGCAGACAAAAAUCCCUUGCCUUAUGCCGCGUAUGUGCAUUCAACCCUCUGGUCAUGGGCACCAGGCCAACCCUUAAACGUGACGAGAAGUAGUUCCACCGCCAAUCGCUGUGCAGUCAUGAGCACCUCUUCCUAUCCUGGCCGAUGGGAGGUGACGGACUGUCGUAGUCGAUAUCGCGGAGCUUGUCAGAACCCACAACAACCAUACUAUUGGGAAAUCUCGUCUGAUAAUUCCGAUUUCAAUAGCGCCACUGCGCUAUGUCGCUCGCCGUUACAAUUCGCUGUUCCGCACACUGCGCUCGAAAAUGCACAUCUUUUCGCUGCCUUGCAGAACUCCAGCAAGCCCAACGAGCCAAUCUACAUCAAUCUCAAUCAGCUUAAUACUCCAGACUGUUGGGUCAUCGGCAUCAAUGGCACAUGUCCAUAUCUUCAAUCCACAGACACAAAUCGUACGCGCAUAGUGGUUAUACCUACGGUAGCCGCUGUCAUCAUCUUUGUUCUAGCGGUAUUCACCUUUUUUGUCAAGUGUGCAUCGAAUAGAAGGGAAGACAGAAGGGGUAGAAGUAGAAAGAUGGUUGGCGGAUGGGAUUAUGAAGGCGUGCCCAGUUGA